CAGCCUCACCUUGUCUCUGCAAGAUCAUAGUCACUGGCAUGGAGCUGCCUACAAAUCCUGUUUCCUGCAGGUCACUAGAGACUGAGCACCCAAAAUCCAUAAAGAGUGUCAAGGCUUCUUCACUCUGUGGACCAUCAAACUCUCCCAUCCGGCCACAGGCAGUCUCCUUUACCUCAGGUCCUUGGGGUGUAGAUGUUAAGUCAAAUGUUCUAUACACGAAGAAGCGGGAGGCCUUCCUUCAAUGGCAAAAUGAACACAGACAGAGAGAGCAGGCAGCUCUCCAGCCUGGGGCCGUUCAGCUCCUUCGGGAGACAGCAUGGUAUGAUCCAACCCAGCCAUCUCAGCAAUUGAAGGACUCUGCUCGUUGGGGCUCUUUCAUAUGGAGGGAUCAGCCUGUCCUUGGUAAAGAAUAUGUUGUAAACAGACACAAGUUUGGAGUCGAGAAGUGAUCGUGUUCAAGUCAUCAUUGUGAACUACAUGUAAAAACACUAAUAAAAACACUAAUAAAUUGUC